AACCAUCUUCCAACGACCGGUAUAAAAGUGCGCGUCGAUUCACGGCGGCCAGUCAUAACUUGGAGCCCAACACCAUGCUCAGAACUAUUUCGAUUUUGGUUCUGCUCGUUUGCAGUGCAGCCAACAUGGCAGAAUCAAAGCCUAUCUUUUUAAAGGUUUUGGCACCCAUCGGUGGCUACUCCAGUGGCAGUUACCGGAGUACCGUGGCGACUGCGCCCGUUAACAACCAGCUGAUCUCGAGCCUCAUCUCUUCCAAAAUUCAGCUGCUGAACAGCGUGCUGCAAGCCAAGUCUUCGGCGGGGGGUUACAGUAUCGGCUUCAACAAGAUUGUCACUUUCUCCAGCACAACCACGACAGAAAAGCCAGUGACGCACCACACUACCGAGGUAAACACAGACUUUACUCCGGAUGAUUCAUCUAUUAGCACUACUCAACUCGUCUACACGACAACCACAGAAGGUGCUGUAGAAACGCCGAGCCCCACAAUUCGUCCCGAGCCCCCUUCUACCAGCACGACUGCAGUGAUUCCAAUCAAGAGCACUACAGUAGUUCCUGAAGUCACCACUACAACGACAGCAAACUCCGGCUACACAUAUCGCACUCCCACUUCCGGGCCUGCCACUAGUUCAGUGGACCUCCAUUAUGUUCCCGCUCCCCCUGCCCAAGGCUCAUUACAAGCCAGCAUAGCAUAGCAGCUCAGUUAAAAUAGCUUAGUCUUAGCCAUAGUCCGAAUUCAGUAAAAUAAAGUAACUUCAGAUUUGCGACUCUUAA